CCCCUAAACACGAGUGGUUAGACCACGUUGCGAAUCAAAUUGAUUGUGUGGCGAGCAGUCGGCGGUAUCCAAUCUAUUCCAAACGCACACCAUUCUCACGGACUUCUGGCCUUUAAUUAAGCUCCCAUAUCCAUCCACGAUGUCUCAGGAAUCUCAAAUUCGUCAGAACUACCACGCAGAGACGGAAGCCGCUGUUAACACACAGGCCAACAGGGAGAAUGCAGCCUCCUACACCUACCUGUCCCUGUCUGUGUACUUUGACAGGGAUGACAUUGCCUUACCUGGCCUGCAUAAGUUUUUCAAGGGACUGUCUGAUCAGAAGAGGGAAUUCGGGCAGAAAUGGCACCAGCACCAGACCCAGCGGGGAGGGCGCGUUGUGCUGAUGGACAUCCCCAAACCCCCGCAGGACUCGUGGGGCAGUCCUCAGGAGGCGCUGGAGACAGCGCUGGCCCUGGAGAAGAAGCUGAACCAGAACAUGCUGGACGUGUACGAGCUGGCGCACAAACACGGCGAUGAACAUACCUCAGACUUCAUUGAAGAUACUUUUCUCCAUACCCAAGUGGACAACAUCAAGACCAUAGGUGAUCACCUCACCAACCUGAAACGCUGUGGCUCGGGUCUGGGGGUGUACAUGUUCGACCGUGGCCUCGGCAAGGAGUAGAGGAACACAUGACAAACAUACGUGUACAUUCAAACCAGAGCAAGCCAAGAGUCUGGUGCAGAAUGCAGUACAUGUAUAAGCUAGUUUACAGUGUGAUAUAUUGUAGGUAAUAUGCCAAUGUUGAAGACCAAUGGCGAUUCUCUAUGUUCUGCCAGGAGCCUUUCACAUGUGCACUUCAAACUGUGAACUAGCUUAUUCAUCUAUUCGUCUAUUUUUGCUGGGAUGUAUUUAUUCUUGUAACCACAUGUAUUUUGUGAUAGACUAGGAAAGUGCCUGGGGACCAAAUCCAUGAUACAUACCUCGUGAUUAUGGACGAUUACUGUGGCAAUGUAGCUUUAAUAUAGUGUUUGUAAUUGUCAACAGGGAAAAUGCAGUUUUACGCACAGUUGUUAGGAAGACUGUCGUAUUGUAACAAAACUGAGAGUGGGAAAAAGUGUACAACAUGAAGCCAGAUAAGGUAUCUAAACCACAAUGAACUAUUAACAGUUUUCAACUUGUAUUAAAGGUUUUGAGGUCCAAGUGGUUGUUAACAUGGUGCUAAACUAUCGGAUUAAAAGAUGUUAU